CUGACAUUGUACCCACAAAAAAUACUGUAACUGAGAUUCUAAUAUUUGAAACUGGAUUCCAACACAAAUCUCUUUCAUUUUUUUUUGAAAGAAAACGGUGAGGGAGUAUCGGAAAAUGGCGACCAUCGUCGCCAGCAGAGCAGCUUCAAUGGAGAAAACGACCAGCUUCUUUCGACUCUCUUUCAAUUUCUUCAGAAACUUUAGCUCUUCCACCACGACCAUUAAUACUACGACUUCGGCGGCGAGUGUUGGAACCAAGAAUUCAAAGAGGAAGAAUCUAUUUGAGGUGGUUCAGUUUCUACCCAACUGGGGUAUCGGGUACCAAAUGGCCAAGACUCAUUGGAUCGGCGUUUCUUAUCAGAUCACUAGGAUUAAUCUCUACAGGGACGGUAGACACGGGAAAGCUUGGGGAAUUGUUCAUAAGGACGGUUUGCCCACUGCAGAUGCACCCAAGAAAAUAAGUGGGGUUCAUAAGCGCUGUUGGAGAUACAUUGCAAACUCAAAGACACCAGAAGAGAGCUUCCCAAAACCAGAACUUCAAGCUGCUUGAUGCAAUUUUUUUUCCCAAAAUCAUCAAUUACUGGCUACCUGGCUGCUUUUACUCUCAUGUUCUUCUUUCAGAAAGUUCAUGCCAUCAGAUUGCAUAGUCAAUGCCGAUGUAUUCUUAGACCAGUUCAAUUUCUGGGUGUCUGAUGCUUUAGUGUAAUACAACUCAAUUGAGACUGCGGUUAGAUUAAUGAGAUUUGCAGCAAUCAAUUGAGAUUGCUGUUAG